AUGAUCUCUAACAAACAAAGUAUGGUGGUGGUAAGGAAAUCAUCCUUGGUUAUACUGCAGUCUAGACUGCUUUCUUCUAGUAUGCCAUGUUUAAAAAUAAGCAGAAGAGCAACAAUGGAUAAAGAUAUGUUGUUGAAGGAGGCCAAAGAGUUUUUUGGUCCAAAAAACAUCAAAGGUGAACAUAAAUACAAUAAAUAUUAUUAUCCUCCACAAGAUAACAGACCAAGAUAUGUUGUUAAUGAUGGUAAACCAUUGGUUGGUGAUCAAUUUAAAACUAAGAGACCAGGAAAAAAUUUCAAUAAUAGAGAAAGAAAUCCUUCAGUACAUCCAUUUCCAAAUAAUACCUACACUAAAACUGCACAAUUGAUAUCUGAUCAAAUGAAGGAUAAAAUAGUAGAAGAUGCAACUAUUAAAGGUAUGCAUCCUCAAGAAAUUGCUCAUAAAUAUGGUAUUAAUCUUUUAAGAAUUGAAGCCAUCUUGAAAUUAAAAGAAAUUGAACUGAAAUUCGAACCAAAAGUAUGUAUUAACAGUAAUUGUUUGAUUUGUUAUUAG